UUCUUUACUAUAAAAGCACUUCAGAAAAUGUUUAGCUGACAUUUUUAUUCAAUCUAUCAAUCGAAGAAGAGUCACAAAGCUCAAAACCUAGUCAGGAGAAUUUGAUUUUUCGAGUGUUGUUGUUCUGUUUGUACCUUUUUCGAUAUACAUGUAGCUUUGCCUAGUUCAUCUGGUUGAUUCCUCAAGCUGCGAUCAGUUUGAGAAAGAAGAUGACAAAUCCAAAUAAUGUUGAGCUGGAGGCAGCAAAGUUUCUCCAUAAGCUUAUUCAAGAAUCUAAGGACGAGCCGACUAAAUUGGCUACAAAGCUUUAUGUGAUUUUACAACAUAUGAGAUCCAGCGGGAAGGAGAGCUCAAUGCCUUAUCAAGUAAUAUCAAGGGCUAUGGAGACUGUCGUCAAGCAACAUGGUCUUGACAUUGAAGCUUUAAUGUCCUCACGUCUUCCUGUGUCUGCUGUAGCACAAGCAGGAGAAGCUGCAUCAUCACAAGUAGCUGGAUCUUCACAGAGGCCAGGGGUUACUAGAGACUCCAAAGCAAAUUUUCUGGGAAAUGAGAUGGGUAGCGGUCCAAGCGGCAGCGGACAUGGUGUUUAUCAAGCAUCUGCACCCCACAUAAGUGGUACAGGUGUCAAAGUUCCUGUAAUGGCGUCUCCUGCUUCAAAUUCAUCUCAGCCACUAGAGGCAGGAAUUUCAAGUCCAAUGCAGUUUGGAAGUCCUUCAAUUGAUAAUCAUGGUUAUGCUGCGAAAUUGCACAAAGAUGGAAGCACAGAACCUUACUCUGGUCCCACCUCGGCUGAUCUUGUUGCUGGCAGAACUGCAGUGGGAAGAGCAAUAGAGCAUGAAGGAGGAUCUAAUAUGUUAGGAAAUGCUGGCAAGAUCAGUCAGGGGGGCAUGCCCAACAAUGUCCCAGAGAAGAGUAUACUUAGAAGUGAAACAAUCAGAGAUGCAGGGAUGUUGUCUGUUGCUGCUCAGGCUCCUGUAUCUACCAUGCCUUUCAAAGAACAUCAUUUGAAACAGCUUAGAGCACAAUGUCUUGUGUUUUUGGCUUUUAGGAAUGGUUUAAUGCCAAAGAAGCUUCAUCUUGAGAUUGCACUCGGAAACUUCUAUCCGAAAGAAGAUCGCAGAGAAUUGGUUGACCAUAAAGGAAGGGAGCAACUGGUUACUGACCAAGGCAGUGCAUCUGAAGUCACACGGACAUUUGGAGGAGCUGGCGAAACUGACAGGAUUUCUUCUGGUCCUACACCUUCUGGAAUUCUUACCGAUACAAAUUCAUCAAUGGAGGCUGAGAAUGCAAACUUGAUGGAAGAUAAAAAUGGUCAGCUUGAUCCUUCUGAGCAUGCUGACGAAAGGAGACCCCAAAGAAAAAUGAGAAUGAUUCAGGAUGCUGAAAUGCCCAUCCAGGAUGCUAUAGAAUCACAGGCAUCUGCUCUUAGAGGAGUUCCGACUGAUCCGAAAUCCUUUCCUCCCUAUAAUCAUGAGAAUGCUCCUGCAAAUACUGAACAGCUUGGAAUGUUUCCUCAAGCUUCCUCUGUUAUGGGCACAAGCAAGCAAAUGAAGCCUGAUCUGAGUAGUAGGAGUGGAACUGAGGCUUCAAAGGUAUCACCAACUGCCUCUGCCAAUACCCAUGGAUCGGGUCUGCUAAUGAGAGAUAAUCAUACUGGUCAGUCUCAAAAUCUUGUUGAUAGCAAUGCUCAAGGAAAUCGACAUGCUGAUAGUAACUUACCUAGUUUACCCUUGAGGCAACAGUGGAAAUCUGUUCCUGGAGUAAUUAAUCAGAGUCCUACAAUGAUGCAAGUGAAGGAUUCAAAUAUAACGCUGAAAAAUCUGUCACAAGUGCAAGAAACAGAUCAAGAGGAUGAUAAUAUUUCAGCAUCCACGGAUAGGUUAUCAUCUCCAAGGCAUACAAUGCUGGAGAAAUGGAUUCUGGAUCAACGGAAAAGGAAGCUUAUUAGUGAACAGAAAUGGUCGAAAAAACAGCAAAAAACAGAAGAAAGAAUUGCUGCUUCUGCUGAGAAGUUGAAGGAAUCGGUGAGCUCCUCUGAGGAUAUCUCUGCAAAAACGAAAAGUGUCAUUGAGCUGAAAAAGCUUCAAUUGCUGGAACUGCAGCGUCGCUUACGGAGUGAAAUUCUCUAUGAUUUUUUCAAGCCAGUAGCAACUGAUAUGGAGCGUUUAAAAUCAAUCAAGAAGCACAGAAUUGGGAGGAAAUCAAAGCAAUUUGAAAGAUAUGAACAAAGAAUGAAGGAGGAACGUCAAAAGAGAUUUCGUGAGAGACAGAAGGAGUUUUUCAGUGAGAUUGAAGUUCAUAGGGAAAGAUUGGAAGAUGUAUUUAAAAUGAAGAGAGAACGCUGGAAAGGUUUCAAUAAGUAUGCGAAGGAGUUCCAUAAAAGGAAGGAACGGAUACAUCGUGAGAAGAUUGACAGGAUCCAACGUGAGAAGAUUAAUUUGCUGAAAAUCAAUGAUGUUGAGGGAUACCUUCGAAUGGUUCAGGAUGCAAAGUCGGAUCGUGUUAACAAACUACUAAAAGAGACGGAAAAGUACCUCCAAAAGCUUGGAUCCAAAUUAAAGGAGGCCAAAUCAAUUGCAAGAAAAUUCGAGACUGACGUGGGUGACAAUAGAAACUCAGGUGUGGUUGAGGAGGAUGAAAUUGACUUUGGUGAUGAGGAUGAAACAGACCAGGCUAAGCAUUACUUGGAAAGCAAUGAAAAAUACUAUUUGAUGGCACAUAGUGUAAAGGAAACCAUCACAGAGCAACCUAGUUCUCUCAAAGGUGGAAAAUUACGGGGUUACCAAAUGAAUGGAUUGCGAUGGUUGGUUUCACUCUACAAUAACCAUUUGAAUGGAAUUUUAGCUGAUGAAAUGGGCCUCGGUAAAACUGUUCAGGUUAUAUCCCUUAUGUGUUACCUGAUGGAAACCAAAAAUGACAGAGGACCUUUUCUGGUGGUAGUGCCAUCCUCUGUCCUACCUGGAUGGGAGUCAGAGAUAAACUUUUGGGCACCAGAUAUGCUCAAGAUAGUUUAUUCUGGACCACCGGAAGAGCGGAGGAAGCUUUUCAAGGAAAGAAUUGUUCAUCAAAAGUUCAAUGUUCUUUUGACGACAUAUGAGUAUUUAAUGAACAAACAUGAUAGACCAAAACUAAGUAAAGUACAUUGGCACUAUAUCAUAAUUGAUGAAGGGCAUCGCAUAAAAAAUGCUUCUUGCAAGUUGAAUGCUGAUCUGAAGCACUACCGCAGUAAUCAUAGGUUACUGUUGACGGGCACUCCUCUUCAGAACAAUCUUGAGGAGCUCUGGGCACUACUUAACUUCCUUUUGCCAAAUAUCUUCAAUUCAUCAGAAGACUUCUCACAAUGGUUUAACAAGCCAUUUGAGAGCGGUGAUAGCUCACCUGAUGAAGCUUUGCUCUCAGAGGAGGAAAAUCUUUUGAUCAUUAACCGUCUGCACCAAGUUUUGCGUCCAUUUGUUCUUAGGAGAUUGAAACACAAGGUUGAGAAUGAAUUGCCUUCAAAGAUUGAAAGACUGGUUAGAUGUGAAGCUUCUUCGUAUCAGAAGCUUUUGAUGAAGCGAGUGGAAGACAACCUUGGUGCAUUCGGAACUUCAAAGGCUCGGUCAGUCCACAAUUCUGUUAUGGAGCUGCGCAACAUUUGCAAUCAUCCAUAUCUUAGCCAGCUUCAUGUGGAGGAGGUUCAUGAGCUAGUUCCUAAGCAUUAUCUGCCAACGUUUGUGAGGAUUUGUGGGAAGCUUGAGAUGUUGGACAGAUUACUGCCUAAACUUAAGGCAACAGAUCACCGGGUCUUGCUCUUCUCAACAAUGACCAGGCUGCUUGAUGUAAUGGAAGAUUAUCUCUGCUGGAAGCAAUAUAAGUACCUUCGCUUGGAUGGACAUACUUGUGGGGGUGACAGAGGUGCCCUUAUUGAUAAAUUCAAUCAGCCUAAUUCUCCCUUCUUUAUAUUUCUAUUGAGUAUUCGUGCUGGAGGUGUUGGAGUAAAUCUUCAAGCUGCUGAUACAGUUAUAAUUUUUGACACAGAUUGGAAUCCUCAGGUUGAUCUUCAAGCACAAGCAAGGGCUCAUAGGAUAGGUCAAAAGAAGGAUGUUCUUGUUCUUCGAUUAGAAACGGUCCAAACUGUUGAGGAACAAGUUAGAGCUGCUGCUGAGCAUAAACUGGGAGUUGCUAACCAAAGCAUUACUGCUGGGUUCUUUGAUAAUAACACAAGUGCGGAAGACCGAAGGGAGUACUUGGAGUCCCUCUUGCGAGAAAGUAAAAAAGAGGAAGCUGCACCUGUUCUUGAUGACGAUUCCUUGAAUGAUCUUAUAGCACGAAGUGAGCCAGAGAUUGAUAUAUUUGAGUCAGUUGACAGGAGAAGGCGUGAAGAAGAGAUGGAAAUCUGGAAGAAGUUAUGCUUAGAAAGUGGAACACAAAGUUCAGAACUCAUUCCUCCUUUGCCCUCUCGACUUCUUACUGAUGAUGACUUGAAACCAUUCUAUGAAGCAAUGAAAAUAUCUGAUAAGCCAGUUGUGGCUCCUAGCCCUGGGUUAAAAAGGAAGGGUCAGAGUCUUGGGGGUCUUGAUAUCCAACACUAUGGACGUGGGAAAAGAGCAAGAGAGGUUCGUUCAUAUGAAGAGCAAUGGACUGAAGAGGAAUUUGAGAAAAUGUGCCUUGCUGAGUCUCCUCAAUCACCUAGUCUAAAGGAAGAAAUUCAAGAAAAGAAUUCCCCUUCAGUCUCUGGCAACUGUCCUGACCCUGUUGUUGCCAAUAGUGAAUUACAAACCCGAGCACAGUAUCAGCCUCCUCUCCAGCACCCUGUGCAAGAACUUCCCCAACAACAUAUAGGACCCAUAAUUCAACAAAGCCCCGUGACUGUGACUCCGCCAUCUAAACGGGGCCGGGGAAGACCAAGGAGGACAGCAAUAGUUGCUGAAAUUUCACCGUCCCCGGUCGUUAUUUCAGCAAUUGCAGCUAGUGUAAAGGUGGAUAGCAAUACCAUUGCAGAAAAUACUUCUACCAGUCAGGCAAUUUCUGGGCCUGUUUCAGUGUCUUUUCCUUGUGCUUCUUCCAUAGAAAGUACCAGCGCAACCAUCCUACAGAAUGUAACUGUUGUUGCGCCCAGCCAUCAGUCAAUUGCACCUUCUCUUGCUGUUGUUUCUCAGUCUGGUCCUCCUUGCCCUCCUACAAGUGGACAGGGAAGGGGCCGAGGUAGAGGCCGAGGUCGAGGUCGAGGUCGAAAGCCUCAAACUGGAGGAGAAGCUCCAGGGCGUAGAGGAAAACAACAGAAUGUUACAGCGGAGGCUUUCCCCGCCCCUCCAACUCAAGCAGUAAGUGAGCCCGUCUCUGCAGCGCAAGGUGUGAGUGUUAUGAGUUCUACUCACCAUAUGCCCGCAACACCUCCUGCAGUGGGUGAGCCUGAUGUGCCCCAGGUGGUGGCAGGUUUGGGUUCAAAAAACCUUGGUCAUGCUCCUGUUUCCAUGAGAGAUGCUAGUAAGGAACUGAAUUCGGUUGUGCCUCUUGCAACAUCUUCCUCUAGCAAAGACUUAACCCCUGUUUCGACUGUUUCUGUUGUUCCAUCGUCUGCUGCCAGUCAGGACCCUAGUUCAAUUUCACCUCCAGGUGUCCUUCAAUCAUCCUCGAGAAACCAUUCAGACCAUCUUUCCCUCUCUGCUGCCCAGACCGAAGCUACUCUGCAGGUGAAUCCAAUUUCAGUAGUUCCUCAUAGUUCACCUUCAGCUGGCAAGGAAACGAGUUCCGUGUCACCUGUUCCUCUUCAUUCAUUAACUUCAAAGGACUCCGAUUCAGUUUUACCUUCUCUUGUUCCCGAAUCAUCAUCUGCUCGCGUGGAACUAAGUUCAGAUUUCCCUCUUCCUGCUGUUGCACCCUCUUCCAGCAUAGGUCAUGAUUCUUUAUGUGAUUCUUCUAAUUUGAAGAGCACUUGUCAACAAGAAUCUGGUGCGGUAACUGCUCAUACUUCUGAUCCAGUUCCACCAUUGCCUGUGAUUUCGUCAGUUUCACAGUAUAGUACUCCUCCCACUGCACUUAAGCCAGGUAGAGGACGGGGACGCAAGGCUCAAACUGGAAGUGAGGCUCCACGGCGCAGGGGGAAGAGACAGGAUUUGGACACUGCAGCUGUUACUGAAGGGUUAAGUGUUCAGGAUCCAAAAUUAAUUGAACCCCCACAAAAGAGAACCAGGUUAUCCGUAGGGAGGAAGCCCACUACAAGAAGCAAGCGUGAGAAUGAAUCUCAACAAGUAGUAGACCAAUCGGUUGCAUCUCAAAAGACUCCAGAUUUUGCUGAUGGAGAAAUCCCUAAGAAUAUGGUUUCUAGUGAAGUUAAUCCACAUAACAGUGCAAUCAACAGAGAUGAAUCUCAAUCCCAUGCUAUUCCGGUUCCUAGUCAAAUGAAUGAUAAUCUAAAUGGCGACGUUGCUACUGCUGAAGAGGAUCUCGAUGAUGCUCAGCAAAAGGAGAAUGUGGUCCAAUCUGUUACAUCUCAAAGUUGCUCUAGUCCUCAUGUUGAGCCACAGAUUAACACGGUCAACACUGAUAAUUCUCCUUCCCAGGAACAAACAGCUAUUGUCCAGUCAGAUGCUUCACAAAAGAUUCCAUAUCCUGGCACAGGACAAAUCCCUCAAGCGAUGGCGUGUUCUGAAGUUGAGCUACAUCGCAAUGCUAUCAAAUCCGACAUAUCACAAUCCAGUGGUGAUGUUGCUAGUUGUGAAGUUGCCGCAACAAAGGAAGUUCUUAGUGAGGAUCAACAAACAAUGAAGGUUCAGUCAGCUGCAUCUCAAACGCCUUCAGUUCACUCUGUUGGGAAAAUUCCUGAAGAUAUUGGUGAGGUUGCCACGACAAAGGAAGUUCUCACUGAGGAUCAACAAACAAUGGAAGUUCAGUCACCAGCAUCUCAGACACGUUCAGUUCACUCUGUUGGGAAGAUGCCUGAAGAUAUAGUGAGUAAUGAAGUUCUGCCACAGUGUGAUGCUAUACAAACAGAUGCAUCUCAAUCCCAUGUCACUCUUGCCUCUUCAGGAUCAAUGGCUCCGGUUAUUGAUUGCCCGGUUGAAAAAAGUGAAAGUGAUUCUAAGGGUGACGAUGGUGAAAAGACUGAGACUAAUUCUAUAGAUGGGUCAAACAUGGAAGUCCCCGUUGGAGCUUUGGAGCUUACAUCAUCUGAUGAUCUGAACAAGAGUGGAGAUGCAGAAGGGAAAACUAGCAGCAGUUUAAGUGGGGUCCUUCCCACAAGUUCUGAGUUAGUUCCCCGUCCAAGCGCAAAUACAGAGGUAUAUCUGGGUUCCGUAGGCUCCGGGAAAGUAAGUUUUAAUUCAGGUUCAACUCAAAGCCUGUCUGAAUGUGUGUCCGCAAAAACUGAUGUUGAACAGUUAAAGACUGAGGAUUGUCCUCUGGAUAAAUCAUUUGUUUCUAAAGCUGAGGGAGGCAGCACUGAGCAUCUCGCUGGUGGCAUACUUGGAAAAGAACAGGAAACCGGAGUCACCAUGGAGGAGACUGUUGUUUCACCUGCUGUGGAGACUGACAAUCUGAACAUGAAGGGAAUUACAUCAUUUGCUUCUUCAUCUACUGUGGCAGAAUCUUUAGUGGAUGAACCUCCAGUAUGUGGAUCUUAUGAACAAGGUGAGGACAAACUUGAAAAAGCAGCAGAAGGAACACAUUCCGAUAAAGGUGCAAUGGCCGAGGUUUCUGAACAAGAUAAGUUAUCAGUUAACGUGUCAUUGGAGACUACUAAAGGCUUAAGUAGGGUGGAGAAAGAAAAGUAUAGAAUUCCAGAAACUUUUGAGAAGCAAGUUAAUGUUGCUGAAUCCCUAACAGAAGAAUGUGGAAAAGAUCUUGCAGCACAUGGUCCAGAAAUGAAAGAUUCUGAUGUAAGUGAGGUUGCGCCAAGCCCUAGAAAUGAGUCCCAAUCCAGUUUCACUGUUGGAACAUCUCAAAGAACUUUUGAGGAGCAAGUUAAUGUUGAUGAAUCCCUAACAGGAGAAUGUGGAGGUGAUCUUGCAGCAGACAGUCCCGAAAUAAAAGAUUCUGAUGUAAGUGAGGUUGCGCCAAGCCCUAGAAACGAGUCCCAAUCCAGUUUCACUGUUGGAACAUCUCAAAGUGAACCUGAACUACAAGCAAUUGCUGAAGCAAACUUGCAUCCCAGCAUUUCUGAGACUUCUCCCAGCACAGAAUCUGGUGCCCAGAAGGAAUCCCUUUCACCUAGGCUUGCUUCAAAUGCUGAAACUGUUGAGGCUCUAACAGAAACGUUUGCCAGCCGUCAUGACACGAAUUACGUAGCUGAUUUACAGGGUAACUUGAGUUUUGAUGUAAAGGAUGAUAUUUCUAAUUCUGAAAUUGAUGUAUCUCAACUCUGUCCAGCUGAUGGAUCAUCUGAGAAUCACCCAGAAUUAGAACAGGUUGUGGUGGAAGAUGUGAGAACUGACAUUUGUGAGGAGUCUGCCUCAGAUGUAGUUGAUGAUAUUGUACUGCGACAAACAGAGAAUGCUGACGGUCAGUGUCACGAUGGUUUGUCUGUUGAGACUCAUGAGAGCAAAAGAGCUGAAGAUAAGGUUGACGUUUUAAAUGGUGAAUUAAAUAAACAUCUAUCCAGCACAAUUGCUGGAACAUCCAAAAAGGUGGCAGAUCUGGAGUUAGUUGCCGAAGCGAACACAGGGAAGAUAAAUGAUGGCUCAGUAGAUACAGGUCAGGUGGCAGAUAAGUCCGAGGAUAUGGCAGUCCGAGAUCUUACUGUGGAAGGACAAGAGAGUAAGGAAACUGAUGCCGCAGGAGAUACUUCAACAUCAAAAAAUGAGGUGGAAUCACAAUCUGCUGUUGUAGAAAAUAUAGGAAGCAAGUCAGUAGCAUCAGGGGAGGUAACAGCUGCUGAACUUCUGAUAGAAGGGUCUGAGCAUUUGCAUGUCCAUGCCGCAGGAGAUACUUCAACAUCAAAAAAUGAGGUGGAAUCACAAUCUGCUGUUGUAGAAAAUAUAGGAAGCAAGUCAGUAGCAUCAGGGGAGGUAACAGCUGCUGAACUUCUGAUAGAAGGUUCUGAGCAUUUGCAUGUCCUAGACCAUGCAAUUGAAGUACAAGGUAACAAAGCAUUUGAUGCCACUAGAGAUGCUUCAGAAUCAAAUUCUGAGCUAAAUGAAACUCAACCUGGCGGAACAUAUCAAAUUGUGUCAGAGUUACAGUUUGUUGCGGAGCAAGACUCUGAGACAAUGAACAAGAAGAAUACUUUGCCUGAUGCUACAGCUGUUGAGCCCCAACCAGCUGUCUCUGAGAAUUUGAGUAUUCGAAAUCCUGCACAUCAAGGACCAAAGAACCAAACAUCUGAUUCAACUGAAGAUUUUUCAACUUCAAAUAAUGAACUUAAUGAAUCUCAACCGAAAGCUGCAGAUGGAACUUCUGAAAUAGCAGUGGAGUCUCAUUUGGUUUCCAAACAAAACAUAGAAAUUCAUGUGGAGGUUGCUACAGGGGAUGUUAUAGCUGAUAAUGCUGCUGUAGUGAAGUCUGAAAAUUUUCCAUCGAUAGAUGUUGCUGUUGAAGAAAAAGGGAAGAAAGAAUCUGAUGUAACAUGUGACAUUUCUGAUUCUGAACUCAAAGAACCUAAAACCAGUCAAACCACAACUGAAGUGAACACAAGUACGAUAUGUGAGGAGUCAGGAAUGACCGACAAGGAUGUUACAGCCGAGAAAGCUGCAGUAGGUAAGUCUGAAAAUUUUCCAUCGAUAGAUGUGGCUGUUGAAGAAAAAGGGAAGAAAGAAUCUGAUGUAUCAGAUGAAAUUUCUGAUUCUGAACUCAAAGAACCUAAAACCAGACAAUCCGCAAUUGAAGUGAAAACACCCAUAGUAUGUGAGGAGUUGGGAAUGACUGACAAGGAGGUAGCUCCACUUGAAGUUGAAACUCCAUUCAGAGAUUUGUCUGGUUCUUCUGGCAGAGACUUGGCAGUUGAAGAACAAGAAAAAGAGAAGUCUGCUGCAAGUAAAAAUGUUUCUAGCCCCGAGAAUGAAGAGCAUAAAUGUAUUCCAGGUGCAAGAGCUGCUGAUAAUGGGGCAGAAUCACAAUUGGUUGCUGAGAGGGACUCUGAGACAGUUCUGAACAAGGAAGUAUUUUCAGGCAAAGAAGAGAUCUCCAGUAUCAAGCUAGCUGGUGAUGAAGAUGUGCCAACUGCUAUAGAGUAUGGUGAUCAAGAACUGUCAUCUGCUACAGGGGCUGGUGAUGAUUAAACUAUGACCACUGCAAUUACUGAUGCUUGAUCUGGUGUUUCUCCUGUAUUUCAGGCAGGCAGUACGUGGAAUCAUGCAUCUUAUUUAAAAUUCACUUGUAAAGAGGUUGCAUUUUGACAAUCUUGGGAAGGGUAGGGACUUGUAUAAAUAGCAAUAGUUCCUCAAGGAUCUCAAGUAUUUCAUUCGGCUCUCGCAACCUAAGUUGUGCAUUAAUCUUUGUUGUCAACAAGGAUCUACUUAGCUUCUUUUGACUGUAUCAGAUGAUGGAUGAGCUGGAUUUUAGCUUGUAUUUAGCAAUAUAGAAAUCUGCAUCUUCCAAGCAGAUGGUUCAGGCAAAACAGAGAUUUAUAUAGCAAGGAAACUGGUUGGGACACCAAAUUUGCUGUAAAUCGUAAUGUUUACCUUCUCUCUC